CACCAGCCAACAUAUGAAAACACUCCAUCACUAAGUUCUGCCUCAGAUCCUCAAACAGCUCAGCAGCCUGAGCGGGACAGAUUCGCAGAUGUAGACCCGGAUGGCGCACGGACAGUGGUGUCUGAGGGAUUCGGACCAGGUUGCACGGGAUCGGAUUGUCAUAGCCCGCAGAGACGUCUUCAACCUGCCAAUGACACCAGGGAUUGCAAAGGGAUCGAGUGCAAACUGCCUCUUAGGAUACGACUCAAGCCUCGAACGAGACCAUGUGUGGAAGAUGGAUGCCAGUCUGGCAGUGAUGAUGAUGUUGCCGCCGCCACAAACCAUCCGACUCUCAUCCACAUGCCAGACCGAGCCGCCCAGUUUCUAGGAGACUUGCCUGACUUGCCUGACUUAGGAAAUCCCGUGUCUGACCAGGCAAGCGCCCCUCUGGGCGUUCAACUUACCUGCGACAUCAAGCCAGGGGAGAACGAGGUGCCAUCUGAAGAUGCCCUCAUCCUGCACCUGCAGCUGGCCAAGGGGCAGGAGAAGCUGGUGGAGGCGCUUCGCUCGCAGCAGACUCUGAUCAGCGACCUGCAGCAGCAGCUGGCCAACCAACAGGGGGCGCUGUUAGCCCAGCAGCGGGAGAUCCUGGACCAGCAGCGCCGCAUGUACGAGCAGAUGGACGUGGUCAAGGCCCAGUACGGCCUGCUCGCCGAGACCCUCAAGCAGGCCUCCUUCCAGGGCCUGCAGGGGGAGCUCCAGAGCUACUUCGAGAGCCACCUGGCCGGCCUCCAGAGUCAGGCCCGCAGCCACCUGCACAAGUCGUACGCCGUGCACAAGGUGGACGUGGACGCCAAGGUCAUGGACAUCCCCGGGGACACGGCACCGCAGCACCACCUGCCCACCCUCUCCCACCCCGGACGCCGCCCGCACCACCCCAUCCUGACCUGCCUGUCUCCCUGUGGCCCGGAGGAGUACUGCGCCUUCCAGAGGGACCCCCCCAGCUGUGAGAGCUGCACCAUGUGCCCACCAGGCUUCUUCCUGGUGACUCAGUGCACUCCCACAGCUGACCGGCUCUGCCAGGACAGGGAUGAAUGCCUUGAAUUACCAACUGUGUGUGGGGAGCGAGUGAAAUGUCUUAACACUCCAGGGGGCUUCCGAUGCCUGGGCGUGUCUGAGAGAGAGGCAUCUGCUGGGCUCUGCGGUCGCAACUAUUUCUACAACCAGGAGCUGCAAGAGUGCCAGGCCUGCUCGGACUGCGACGGGGCGCCCAUCGCCUUGCCCUGCACGACCACCAGCGAUGCCGUGUGUGGAGCCCUCUCCGACAACCGCCUGUCCCAGGUCUGGAGUGCAGCUUCCAGCCUACCCUCAGCCAAGUCCAAGGCUGGCCAGCAGAUCUUCCCUGGGCUCCAGCUCAGCGUCCACGGUGGGGAGGCCUCUGACCUCCUGUCCAGCCAGGACGGACGGCUCACGCUGAAGCAGCACGGGCUGCUGUGGGUGGACCUCAACCUGGCUGUGAAGCACAGCUGCAGGAACUACCUCCAGGUGGGGGUUAGGCUGAAUGGCAGUGAAGAGGAGGUCCAGGAGCUGAGCAGUGUACGGUUGGAGCAGCCUGAGAGGAAACGCUUCCAGGGUGUGAGUGUGAGUGUGGCUCUGGAGGUGGAGCCUAACUACACCGUGUCUCUCUUCCUGCGGAGCCCCAACCAGCACUGCAACCAGAGCCGUGACCUGCAGGCCUAUGACCUGAGCGGCCCCUCCCUCAGCCUGCUCUGGCUCUCCCACGACACGGGCGCCGUCGCCAUGACGGCACACAUGACCACCGCCACCGCCCACUACCAGACCAGCUACCGGCCGUCGUUCCGCGUCACCACCGUGUCGGACCCGUACAUGCUGGCGCUGACACACGACGGGCGUGGUGUGCGCUUCACCGAAGCCGGCGUGGUGAAGUUCAUCCUGCAGCAGGCCCUCUAUGCCAUGGGCCACACGUGUGUGCGCGAGGGCUUCUCGCUGGUCGCCUACGUCACACACAAUGGGAGCAGCGCAGAGGUGGCACGAGCCUUCAAGCCAGGGGUCAACUACCGCGACACGUCGGUCACGCUGUCCGCCGCUACCCAGGUGGCGGCCGGAGAUGCGCUCAGCUUCGAGCUGCUCUCGCCGGCCCAGUGCAGCGUCAGGUACUUCGGGGACAGUUCGGGCAUCAGCAUCCUCAGUGUGAUCUGGAUCCCGCCGGCUGCGUCGUGCACGCUAGCGGCCGGUGUGGCUCGGGCUGGUCUCCCAUCAGGCGCCGUACGGAACAAGGCUCUCCUCUUCCAACAGAUUGAUGUGGAACCGGAAGGUUCCCCUCCAAAGCAGGUUCGGCUGUCUGGCAUAGGUGACGCCCAUCCUGGGCGGAACUUUGUUUUUGAGGAGGAGGGUACAGUCAACGUGGCACUGACCCUAAAGCUCAUCCACUCGUGUAGCGCUGUCAAGCUGACCCUUUACAGGCAAGGCGCCGGGGGGCAGAAGGGGCAAGUGAGGGGGCAUGGGGGCGCAUCUCCGCUGGCACAGCAGGUCAGCGGGCACAUACCCGAUGGUAGCGAGUGGGCCAGUGUGUGCCUCCGUACUUCCUUCGCUGUCCAGAACGGCACGGCUGUCUACGUCACGCUGGACUGCGUACGCGGGCGCAUCAACCAGAUCAGCCAGGAGGGCGGCCCGAACGUGUCUAUCCUCUGGGUGGCGCUGUGAUUGGGAGAGAACAUGAGAGGUGUUUGCAUGGAUUGUUGUUUACCUGAAAAUAUUUACAGGUUUUUCCACAACUGUUGUAAACCUGAAACAGACAGAAAACCUUUUCCUCAGACAUUCUGAGAUGUGUUAAUGACGUAGCACAGGUGCUAUAUGGAUAAAUCUAUCUCCAUACAUGUAUGUGGUUUUUAGUAGUAGAUUAUUAACUUAUACAUUUUGUUACUUUGUUGUCAGUGUGCCACUUUUGAGUUAUAUGAUUUCAGUGGUAUGUAUUAGUACAUGUCUCUCCUGAUUCCAGGGGCAAUGGUGUUUUUAUAUAUUGACAAAAGUACUCAAAGCACUCGAGUACUUCGGCUGGUUGACCAGAGACCAAUUUUUCCUUAGAUUGAGCUUACAGUUUUCUGUGUUUGAUUUUCAUUCCUGUCAAACGUGUAUGUGUGUGUGUGUGUGUGUGUGUGUG